AAAAAUUCUAACUUUAUAGCAACAACACAGCCAAAACAUUCUCCUUUCACCUUAAUCAGUUUUAGUUAAUUAAAAGUAGAGAUUAUGGAGGGAGGAGAAUGGAGCAACUUUAAUGCUGCUGUGUGUGUUAACGAGGAAGCAGAUUUCAUGGCACAAAUGUUUCCUAAUCCUAACGAUGUCAAUCUUAAUUAUGCUCAUCAUCAUCAUCAUCAUAGUUCUAGUCAUAAUUAUCACAUUAUGGGUAAUAAUGGUAACAAUAAUAAUAAUGGUGAAGGUGGAUCAUCUUAUUUUUCGUCUGAUUCAACCUCUAAUUCUCAAAAUUUGUACCGUUAUUCCCAAGAGAGUAGCUAUAAUAGAAGCAGUCAUGAUCAUGAAGUUCAUUAUCACAAUUAUUUUAGUGAUAAUCAUCAACAUUUAGCAGCCGCGACGAGUAAUGCAUCUUCCUUACCCAUUGAUUUCCUCCAUUGUCAAUUGGAAAAUGGAAAUGCUGUCAAUCAAGAUCACUCUGAAAUUGAUCCUGCUGGAGAGGAUAAAACCAGCAUUUCUUACAAUUCUAAGAAAAGAGCCAGAGAUUUUGAGGUAAGCUCCAAUUUUUACCUACUAGAUCAAAUUAAACGUCUCUAUUCUACGUAG